AUGCUCCCAGUGACCACUUCUCCGACGGCGCGGGACCGGCGAGAUCUGCGGGGAGGCGACCCAUGCAGAAGGAAAGAGAUUCUCCAGGUCACAGCGAGCGGGAGGCCGAAGCCUGGAAGACACUUGUUCAAGCCCUUUUGGAUUCAGGUUUGCCAUGAGGAGCUGGAUGAGCUACACUACCAGGACACAGAUUCAGAUGUACCAGAGCAGAGGGACAGCAAGUGCAAGGUCAAAUGGACCCACGAGGAGGACGAGCAGCUGAGGGCCCUGGUGAGGCAAUUUGGACAGCAAGACUGGAAGUUCCUGGCUAGCCACUUUCCCAACCGCACUGACCAGCAGUGCCAGUACCGGUGGCUGAGGGUCUUGAAUCCAGACCUCGUCAAGGGGCCAUGGACCAAAGAGGAGGACCAGAAGGUCAUCGAGCUGGUCAAGAAGUAUGGCACGAAGCAGUGGACACUGAUCGCCAAGCACCUGAAGGGCCGGCUGGGGAAGCAGUGCCGUGAGCGCUGGCACAACCACCUCAACCCUGAGGUGAAGAAGUCCUGCUGGACGGAGGAGGAGGACCGCAUCAUCUGCGAGGCCCACAAGGUGCUGGGCAACCGCUGGGCCGAGAUCGCCAAGAUGCUGCCAGGGAGGACGGACAAUGCUGUGAAGAAUCACUGGAACUCCACUAUCAAGAGGAAGGUGGACACCGGAGGCUUCCUGAGUGAGUCCAGAGACUGCAAGCCCCCCAUGUACUUGCUGCUGGAGCUGGAAGACAAGGAUGGCUGCCAGAGUGUCCCCCCCGUGGAAGGCCAGGGAAGUCUUGUGACCAACUGGCCCCCAGCAUUCCCGGCCAUGAAGGAAGAGGAGAGCAGUGAGGAGGAGGCCGCGGCAGCUGCCCCUUCCCAGGAGCAGGAGCCUGUCCCUGCAGAGCUGGAUGGAGUGCGGACACCAGAGCCCCUGGAGGACUUCCCCAAGCGUGAGGACCAGGAGGGCUCCCCACCAGAGACCAGCCUGCCCUACAAGUGGGUGGUGGAGGCCGCAAACCUCCUCAUCCCUGCCGUGGGGUCCAGCCUCUCUGAAGCCCUGGACUUGAUCGAGUCGGACCCUGACGCCUGGUGUGACCUGAGUAAAUUUGACCUACCUGAGGAGCCAUCUGCAGAAGGCAGCAUCACCAACAGCCCAGUGCGGUCACAACCAUCCCAGGAGCAGCAGGAGCAGCAGGCCCCACCGCCCGGCCAGCCUGCUGCUCCAGUGCCCAGCGUGACCGAGUACCGCCUGGACGGCCACACCAUCUCAGACCUGAGCCGGAGCAGCCGGGGCGAGCUGAUCCCCAUCUCCCCUAGCACUGAAGUAGGGGGCUCCGGCAUUGGCACACCACCCUCAGUGCUCAAGAGGCAGAAGAAGCGGCGCGUUGCCCUGUCCCCCGUCACUGAGAACGGCGCCAGCCUGUCCUUCCUGGACUCCUGCAACAGCCUUACCCCGAAGAGCACGCCCGUCAAGACCCUGCCUUUCUCGCCCUCCCAGUUUCUGAACUUUUGGAACAAACAGGACACACUGGAGCUGGAGAGCCCCUCGCUGACAUCUACCCCCGUGUGCAGCCAGAAGGUGGUGGUCACCACGCCGCUGCACCGGGACAAGACGCCCCUGCACCAGAAACACGCUGCGUUUGUUACCCCAGAUCAGAAGUACUCCAUGGACAACACUCCCCACACACCCACCCCGUUCAAGAAUGCCCUGGAGAAGUAUGGACCACUAAAGCCCCUGCCCCAGACCCCGCACCUGGAGGAGGACUUGAAGGAGGUGCUGCGCUCAGAGGCCGGCAUUGAGCUCAUCAUCGAGGAUGAAGUGAGGCCCGAGAAGCAGAAGAGGAAGGCUGGGCUACGGCGGAGCCCCAUCAAGAAAGUCCGCAAGUCCCUGGCUCUUGAUAUUGUGGACGAGGAUGUGAAGCUGAUGAUGUCCACGCUACCUAAGGCUCUGUCCUUGCCGACGAACAUCCCACCAGGCUCCUCUGGCCUCACCCCAUCAGGCAGUAGAGAGGACAGCAGCUUGCUCAAUGAAGGCUUCCUGCAGGCCAAGUCUGAGAAGCUGGUGGCCCAGAAGCCCCGAGGCCACUUUCCAACUCCUGCCCCUAUGACCAGCGCCUGGAAGACAGUGGCCUGCGGGGGGACCAGGGACCAACUCUUCAUGCAGGAGAAAGCCCGGCAGCUCUUGGGCCACUUGAAGCCCAGCCACACUUCUCGUACCCUCAUCUUGUCCUAGGUGCUCGGCAGUCACGAGCCUGUUCUCAUGUUUACAGGGGGCUGGGGGAGACCGAGGCUGGGCUGUGAAUUUGAGGAUUGCACUCAAAUGACUGCCUGCAGGGAACCUUCUGCCACCAGCCCCUCCCCAGACUGCUCAGGGGGAGACAGAGCAGGGCCACCCACUGUCUUGUCUCCAAUACCACCUGCAGCUGCGGGCGGUUCCUGGUGCUAAUAGAACAAAGUCCCACCCCUGAGCCGACCCAGUCCUCUCCCCAGUGCCACAGGGAACCCAGUUAGCUUCUCCCAAGCCCAUCAGGUCUGGCCUCAUCUCAGACCCCUACUUAGGACAGGGGUCUUGGCCAACUUGCUCCUUCCUUCAACCUGUUGGUACAUUUUCUUGAAAGAAUAAAAUUGCCUUUCUCCUGUG